AACUAGAGAAAUUCUCUGUGCGUCGUCAAUGGCGGGUUAGCUUGUUCCAAACCCGACCCGUGGUGUUCCGAGUCCUCCGACGGAGAUUCCAAUGGCGGAGAACAGAGUAUACUUGUUCCACUCACGUAUGCCGUCGGAAGUCCCUCCUAUCUAGCGCAGAAGCCCAAAGUUUCCUUUUCUCCCAAGGAGGAAGAUGAUCCACCAAUGUAUUUCCAACUCCUCGCAAUCUCUCAUCCCUAAUCUCAACCUUCCGCACCGUCACCCAUGGCCCCGGAAAUCUGUCGGUUUAACCGUCCGAUGCGAAUUGCCGAUAGAUUUGGAGGCGAAACCGGCGGCUCAACCUAGCCGGCUGGGGCCUCACACGGGGAGAGAUCCGAAUGCGAAGAAGCCGGAUUGGUUGAGGCAGAAGGCUGCGCAAGGGGAUAAGUACGACGAGGUUAAGCAGUCCUUGUCUAGGCUGAAGCUCAACACUGUUUGCGAGGAAGCUCAGUGCCCUAACAUCGGAGAGUGUUGGAACGGAGGCGGCGAUGGCAUUGCCACCGCCACCAUCAUGUUGCUAGGAGACACCUGCACCAGAGGAUGCCGGUUCUGCGCCGUGAAGACUAGCCGGAAUCCGGCGCCGCCCGAUCCCAUGGAACCUUAUAACACUGCCGAAGCCAUUGCUAGCUGGGGCGUGGAUUAUAUUGUUCUAACAAGUGUCGACAGAGAUGAUCUACCUGAUGGAGGAAGUGGGCAUUUUGCCGAAACUGUCAAAGCCAUGAAGAGGCUUAAACCUGAUAUUAUGGUUGAGUGUUUAACAUCGGAUUUCCGAGGUGACUUGAAGGCUGUGUCUACACUUGUUCACUCAGGGUUGGAUGUUUUUGCUCACAACAUCGAAACUGUGAAACGACUUCAGCGGAUUGUUAGAGAUCCUCGGGCUGGGUAUGCACAAAGUUUAUCUGUGCUGAGACAUGCCAAGCUCAGUAAAGAGGGAAUGAUCACAAAAUCAUCGAUUAUGUUGGGCCUCGGUGAAACUGAUGAUGAACUGAAAGAAGCUAUGGCUGAUUUAAGGGCCAUCAAUGUGGACAUUUUGACACUAGGGCAGUAUUUACAGCCUACACCAUUGCAUCUGACGGUGAAAGAGUAUGUCACACCCGAAAAGUUCGCCUUUUGGAAAGAUUACGGCGAGUCAAUUGGUUUUCGUUAUGUUGCUAGUGGACCCUUGGUUCGAUCAUCGUAUAGGGCUGGGGAGCUCUUUGUUAAGACCAUGGUAAAACAGAGGUUAAUGCAUGAAGACAUAUAAGAUAAAAUUAUACUGCCUGUCAAUGAAUGCAAUUGCAACAGCUCCAAAGGUUUCUGGUGGAUCCAUUUUGGCUUCCUGAUUUCUGUUUAGCAAUUCUACAAGUCAAUAUAAUACUACAAAUACAAAUAUAUGAACAAUAGCUCAAAUAAUAUAUUAUUAUUAUUAUUAUUAUUAUUAUUAUUAUUAUUGAUUUCAGGACAAAAUUUAAGUACUAUGUGAAGUUUGUAUUGUCUAUUUAUUUUUAAUGUACCAAUUAGGAUAAUUAACAUGACGCUGACUAAUUGGUACUCUUAACUAUUUUCCUUUUACAUGUUUCUCUAUUGUAUAUGUUCAUUUCAUGUGAAAUGUCGUUAUCAC